AUGGGUGGCAAACAGAGCAAGAUCACCGACCAGGACAAGGCGAUUCUGGACAUGAAGAUCCAGCGCGACAGGCUACACCAGUACCAGCGCCGCAUCACCGUCCUCACGGAUAAGGAAACGGACAUUGCCAAGCAGAUGCUCGCCAAGGGCGACAAGAAGCGGGCGCUGCUGGCGCUGCGGCGCAAGAAGUAUCAGGAGUCGCUGCUGACCAAGACGGAUGCGCAGCUGGAGCAGCUGGAGAGGCUGACGGCCAGCGUCGAGUUUGCGCAGAUACAAAAGGACGUCGUGUUUGGCUUGCAGCAGGGCACAAAAGUGCUGUCUGAGAUCCACGCUGAGAUGGGCGGCAUUGAGCACGUGGAGAAGUUGAUGGGGGAGACUGCGGAUGCGAUUGCAUACCAAAAUGAAAUCAGCGAAAUGCUCGGUUCGCGCAUCACCGCCGCAGACGAGGAAGAGGUCGACGAAGAACUCGCUGCGCUGGAGGCGGAAAUGUCCGGCGUUAACCAGAAACUCCCCACGGUACCGAGCGCUCAGCUUCCCGUUUCGGAACGACCGGCGGAACAAGAGGAAGCGCAAGAGAACCGGCCAGAGAGACAAGCGAUGCUGGCUGCCUGA